AUGGCUGGCAUCGCGUCUCUUGCACUUGGCACCUUGCUACUCGGUGCCCAGGUUGCACGCUGUGCCCCCUCGGCAGACACCACACAGGCAUGCAACGACAUAAACCAGGCGCUGCCUGGCAAAGUAUUGACCCCUAGCACUCUUGGGUUGGCAUACACCCAAGAAACGCAGCAGUACUGGGCUGUCAACCUUCGCAGCGUCAAUCCAGCAUGUAUCGUGCAGCCUAGCUCUGCUCAGGAUGUUGCCAUUGUCAUUGGAGUCUUGAACAAAUACCCCACCGUUCGCUUCGCCACUCGAAGCGGUGGUCAUGACCCCAACAAAAACCACACUACUGUCCAAGAUGGUGUUCUCAUCACCAUGACCAACCUGGUUGGGGCAACCUACGAUGCAGAUGAGGACGUUGCCUAUGUCCGCCCCGGAGGAGAGUGGAAUGAUGUGAUUGGUGAUCUCGAAAAGAGUGGAGUGGCCAUCACUGGCGGAAGGCUUGGCCUCGUUGGUGUUGGUGGGCUGUUGUUGGGCGGAGGUCUCUCUUUCCUCAGUGCCCAAGAAGGCAUGGCCGCUGAUAACAUUAUCGAAUGGGAGACAGUCAUGGCCAAUGGCUCUGUUGUCAAUGUCAACGCUGCAACACACCCGGAUCUUGCACAGGCCAUGCGUGGCAGCAGCAACAACUUUGGCAUCGUCACGCAAUUCAAGGCCAAAGUCCACCAUAUGGGCAAUGUCUGGGGUGGAUCAUGCUUUUACGAUACUACCAAAGCAGACCAAAUUUACGCUGCGUUGCACAACUUCAUCGCUCAUGGCGCUGAGGACCCCAAGGCUGCCAUCAUCUUUACUGAUUUGAACCUGGCGACUGGCAUCCGGAGCAGACUUAUAUUCUACUUUUACGACGGCCCCACUCCGCCGACGACGGGUCCUUUUGCCGAAUUUCUUAAGAUUAACAACUCAUGCAUUCUCAAGACGCGAACAUACUCUGACCUUUUGAAAACAAAUGGUCAAACCGUUAGCCUCUUGAAUGCUCGUUCCUUCUUCCGCACCAAAACCGUUCCAUACAUUGCAUCUCGCCCGCAAAUGUACCGAGAAAUCAGUGAUAAGCUCUCUAACCUUACUAGCCCAGUCUUGGGCCUGGCGCCGGUCAUCAGUGGCAUCCAAUUCAGCGUUGACAUGCAGCCACUUCCUGCUGCCAUUGGCAAGAUUUCGGAGUCCAAGGGCGGCAACGCCAUGGGUCUCACUGCUUCUGACCCUGACCGUAUCAUCCUGAUUUUCCAGGGAGCCUGGAACCUGGCAUCGGAAGAUGAAAAGGUCUUCCAGAUCGCUCGCAAUCUUACCGACUGGUUGGACGAGGUUGUGCCGCAGUGGUUGGAAGAGGCAGGCAUGCCCGCGGACAUGUACAUGCCAUACUUCAUCAACGAUGCCAUGUAUGACCAGCCUGUUAUGCAAAGCUACCGCGACUACGAGAAGUUCAAGACACUGCAGCAGAGCGUCGAUCCUAAUGGUCUGUUCAGCACCAGGACUGGCGGUUUCAAGUACUAA